AUGAAGGCCACCAAGACGAAAGGAAAAGCAUCUGCUUCGUUCCAUUUCAAAAAUGACGGAGAUGAUGGAACGCUUGGAGAUUACUUGGCAUUUUGGGAUCGAUACAAGGACUCGCUCACGAACUAUCGACGACCGCCCUGCUUGAAGACAGUAUCAAGCAACCAAGGAGGCAAAAAGGGAGAAACGAAUCAACGACCAACCACCAUGCUACUGGGAAUCUUCACCAUGGAUAGUGUCAAGGACGCCAGACGCCGAAAGACGAUUCGAAAGACUUGGAUUUCUCACAACAGAACAACCAAGGGAACAUCAGCAAAGCGAAUCAUUUGCUCGUUGCAGGAAUGGAUUGAAAAUCCUGAUGGUUGUCAGCUGGCAUAUGCAUUUGUCUUGGGUGGAAAUCCGAAAGGACCAACUGAGCUUUUGGAGUACAACUCGUCAUUCCCCAUGAGCAUUCCUUGCCGACUCCAGCAUACGAAUGAUCAAGAAGAUACAAGCGACAUUAUUUGUUUGAAUAUCCGAGAAAAUAUGGAAGAGGGAAAAUCACAGACAUGGUUCAAGUAUGCCACCACAACAACAGUCCCACAACAACAUGAACAGAAUGACAAUUUUGAUUACAUUGGGAAGAUGGAUUCCGAUACUCUGCUCUACCCAGGAAUCUUCUUCAAUCGGGUUCUACAGAAGCUUCCAAAAUAUCCAAACAAUGCACGAGUCUAUGGGGGCGACUAUCGCUUCAAGCCACCCAACAUGGUGGGGCCUGUCUACAUGGGUGGACACUUGUACUUUCUGUCGUCUGACUUGGCCGAAUUUGUGGUAUCGUCGGAGUGUCCUCGAUCUGCUGUCGACAAGGGAAUUGAAGACGCUUCGAUUGGCAACUUUGUGCACUCUCAUCCCCUCCCCAUUCGGCGCAUCAGGCUGCGUACGAGUGAAUUUGAACAUCCUGUCAAACGAGUGGACCGGUAUCGGACGUUGUGGCGAAAGUACCAAGCACGGCAAAAGAAGUGA